AUGGGUCACCAGGAGCUCUACUGUGGCCAUCCAAGGAAAUUUGGCCUGGGUUGUCAUUCCUGUCCCAUCUGCACAAACCGGCAAAGUCUGAUGUGGAAAUACUGUGUCACUAUGUGCCUCCAGGGUCUCCUUCAGUAUGGGAAGAAUAUGGGCUUCAUUAAAUUGGAUUAUGUAUCAUCUGAACUUCUUGGUGCCACCCUGUGGCAAUUAGGAUUAGGACAGUGA